AUGACGCGUCUAGUAGUCAUGCCAGAAGCAAAUGAAAAUAUUGGUAUGGAACUUGUUUUUAAUGAUAAUAGUAGUGGCGAAACCGAUAACAUCGAUAUGAUUAAUUCAUCUGAUAAUACUGGAAAUGAUGAUAACAUAGAAGAAGUAAUUGUUUAA